ACAGACUUCGAUCAACGUUCCGCCGAUGAUAUCCUGGCGAAAUACCAACCCGCUGCAGCGCAAUUCGCGGAUGAUGUACAGCCGGCAGUCGAACUGGCAUCCUCUGCCUCUGAAAGUGCUCCAUCUGAGCAAGUGAUCACUUAUUAUUCACCAGAUAAUCUUACGGAGUGCAGAGCCUUUCUGGAUGCAAAAAGGAAGCUGCGUCUCGUUCUGAGUAGUGUGGGUAAUCUGCCUUCAAUGCCAUUCGAUGGCACUUGCCGCGGAAUGAAGCUUGAAAAUGAACGCGAGCAACUUGUAAUGUUGCUGCGUACUUUGCUUGCUGAAGCUGUGAACAACAGGGAGCAAAGUCUUGUGGCUCACACUAGAGAAGUGAUGCGAUGUCUUCAAAUUUUUGACAAUAAAGGUAUUCGAAAGCUGUUGCGCACAUUGAGGGAAGAGAAUCGGAAACGCUCAUCAUAUCUGCUUUACUUACAGCAGUCGAGAAUAACACUUUUACGUCUAACGAAUUACGUUGAAAAACUAUCUCUAAGAAUCCAGAGGGAGAAGUCAGUGGUUGAAGAGUGCCUCGUGGAAGUUCUGAUCAACAGAAUGAAACGCUUCUUACAGGAAUUUGUGAUCCUUAAUGCUCAGGACGAGAAAACGGAUUGCUUAUUACGGACUUUGUCGGGUAUGUAUACCCGUUUGCCUGUAUCGUCCAUGUGGCAGUUGGCUCCUGCUCACCUCAUUGCUUAUGCUCGAAAAACUAUCGAACGAGUGUUUAUGGCUCAAAUUCAUGCUCUAGCAUUUUAUCCAAACUUGGAUGCUGAUCGACAUCGUGAUGAGUGA